CCUACUCAUUCUGUUGUCCAUUGACUGUUUCUUUUUCUCGUUUCCCCGUUCUCUCUCUUUCUUCCUCUCCUGGCCUCUAUUGGUCAGCCCAAGCCCCAAUACCCAACAGAAUACGUUCUGAUCUACCUCUGCGUUGCAUUAUCGAUAUCAUUAUUGGCAUUGUCAUAUUGAAUACAUACAAUUCCUUCUGUCCUAAUGGCAAAUUAAAUAUCACUAUCAAUAAUGAAUUCGUUCACCCACGGAUACGCAAGAAGAGAUAUAUUUCACCAACAAUUAUACCAGAUUGAUUAGUCUUAUUCAUCAGCAAGGGUCUCUUUGCUUUAACUUUUUAUUUUUUUUGACCAAUGACUAAUACUAAGCAAAACUCUCUUUGAAAACCAUUUUUAGCUCCUCAGAUCGACGACACACUGAGGCCUAUGGGUCCACAGAGUUCUUCGAUAAUUCCAAGUACACCUUCCCGCGAGACCGUCUGCCACUUCAAAUGAAUGACGAAACCAAGACGCCGUUAGUAAUCGUUGCAUGUGGAUCUUUCUCUCCCAUCACAUAUCUGCAUCUGCGAAUGUUUGAAAUGGCCAGGGACCAUGUUAUGGAAAACACUAAUUUCGAAAUCUUGGCGGGAUAUUUUUCGCCAGUAUCCGACUUUUAUCAAAAACAAGGUCUGGCCGAAGCAAGACACAGAGUGCGUAUGUGUGAGUUGGCAGUAGAGAAAUCGAGCUCGUGGCUCAUGGUCGACAGUUGGGAGAGUCUACAGACCAGCUACCAGAGAACUGCCAUUGUGCUUGAUCAUUUUCAGGCAGAGCUCAAUGGUGCUGAUGGCGAAGGUGGUAUUAGGCUGAAGAAUGGUGAAUACAAGCCCAUCAAAAUCAUGCUCCUUGCUGGUGGAGACUUAGUGCAGUCCUUUGCUGCACCCGAUGUGUGGGCAACGGCUGAUCUUCAUCACAUUAUUGGAAAAUAUGGAUGCCUUAUUUUGGAAAGGACAGGAUCAGAUGUGUAUGAGUUCUUGUUAUCUCAUGACGUUCUUUACAAGCAUCGACACAAUGUCUUCGUAAUCAAGCAACUCAUCUAUAACGAUAUUAGCUCCACGAAAAUCAGACUGUUCAUUCGUAGGGGCAUGUCGAUCAAGUACCUUUUACCUACAGCAGUGAUCGAUUAUAUUUAUGAACAGGGCUUGUAUCAGAAUGAUACAAAUUGAAGAUGCCACAAGUAGAAAGGUGGAGCAAGAGUAAAUCCUACGGGCUUCGUCAGGAGAAAUGCUUUCGUAUAAUGUCUUCAUAGCAUUGUAAACUAAUGGUCGAGGAGAAAAAGGGAUACAGUAGAGGCAAGAAUAGGAACAGGACAAGCAGCACUUGUAAUAAUAGCUCAUAAAUCAAACACACGAAAUACAUAGUAAUCACAUUUGGUUAUGCACCC